GGAUGGAUGCUGGCUGUUGUAUCAUCCGACAUGCAUUGGAUAAGUUGCGUUUCAACAUUGUCUAAUAAGGUGUGGGAUUGAAUAUGCACUUACAUACGCUCUGCAUUACAGCAUCAUCCAUCCACCCCUUCAUCUCGCUCACAAAACUCUGCUGGUGUGUUUAUGUUUAAAUCUCAGAUAGUACAAGUGUUGCAUUGCAAGGAUCAACUCACGCACGGUUGGACCUCAGAAGAAACCCAUAAAAUCCUACUUUGUGUCAAUAGUUCUACUAUAAUUUUAUUGAUUUAAAAAAUACAAAGAUUCUUGGAUGUUGUGCAUUUCUAACUCUGUAAAAUUACACUCUUUUGGUGUGAUUUAAUUUCGUGAUUGUUUUUAGAACUCUUGACGUGCAAUAAAAUUGGAAAGAAACGGAUUAAGAAUUAUUUAUGUUGUUGCACAAAAUCUCAUGAAAUUCUGGUCUUCAAUUGAGCGAGCGAGGAGCCGUGAGAGAUUGCCUUAAUAUUACUCAAAAUGAAAAUAAUGAACUGAAUUCAUAGUCAUCCCACUCCUGAUACCUAUUUGCUACAACAAGUCCUAGUGAUUGGAUUGGAAUGAUGAGCUCGUGUGAAGUGAAAAGUUCAAUAAGUGAUGUGAUGCCAGCCUAAAGAUAAGAAAAUGCAGCCCCCCCUGAUGUACAGUUGGAUCGCACUGACUGCAUCCGCACCCGUGAUCCUUCUGACAUGCUGGACCCUGGCCAUUUUCCAAUGUCGACGGCGUCAAUGGGGGACAAUGGACAUAUUCUUGGUCGCAAUCUUGAGCCAGAGCAUAUUUCAGCAGUUUCUUGGCUUUGUCUACUCGACACUUGUACUCCUCAAGCUCUCCACGCCACUGACGGGGGAAGCAGUUUGUACUGGAAUGAUGUGGUUUUUCAUUGUCAUCCCCAUAUUUAAAGGAACCACGAUAACUUCUUUGGCGGUGGAUCGUUGGCUAUUUUAUACCAGAUUCAGCUAUCAGCUAUCAAUAAGAAAAAAUCACGUCAGAUAUCAUAUCGCCGUCCUUGCGAUUCUUGCGUGCUUGGUUGGGUUCACCGCUCUCAUCACGUUUAACAACCCUGAACUACUUGUUGGUGGCAGCAGCAGUAUUUCUUCUUCGUCUUCUUCUUCUUCUUGGUUGGCAGCAUCUUCUUCGUCCCCCCAAUAUUCCUUUGAUCAGUGCACGUUCCUCCCAUUCAAGUUUGACUUAAAAUUUGUCAUAUUUUACUUGAGCGUGCAUUGCAUCGUGGUCCUGGUAGGAGUCAUCGUUCUAUGUAAAACUUUGUGCCACAAAAACAACUCAAAUAGCUCCCAACUCCUUCCUCAUACAAAAAAGUUUCACUACAAGAGAAGAAGAAGCUCCCCACCCAUCAUGGACGUUACUCCGACAGUCUCAAACACAUCUACUGCAUCCUCCACCAUCUCAAACAGCAGUCCAACAGCAUUUUUUUCUACACCAGGCUUGUCAGCCAAGGCCGUUCUCAGCAACUCACCGAAUAAUGCGUUCUUCCAUCAUCCGCAGCAGCAAGGAAACUUUACUUCAAGUAGAGACUUCUCCGACAGACUGAGAGAUAGAACGACGGCUGAAGACAACAGCAAUAGCAGGCUGUACCCAGCAAUAAGUCUCCUAUGUCUGACGAUCCUAUGCACGCAUCUUCCUUUUACGAUUGCAACAAUCCUCUCACGAAUGGAGAUUCUUGUGCCUAUUGCCAGUAUCGGAUUUGGUUCGGGCGACAUACUUUCCCCAACCAAUUGGCCUGUGACAAACCUUCUUUUGUGGCUUCAAGUUGUUGAAGGACUGACAAUCCUUCUCAUAUUAUUUAUCGUGGACAAUGUUGUCCCGACAUGGAUAUUUAACAGAGAAAGUAAGAAAAGCCAGAAACUCCCUGCUCAUCAUCAUCAUCAUUCCUAUGCAAUAGAAGAUGCAUCAAAUAUCAAGGCCGAGACUAGUUUUAACCCCCAGACAAACUUGAAUAAUCGAACUGGUGGAGGAGGAGGAGGAAAUAAUGGGCACUACACAAAUCAUGCUUUCACUCCAGAUUUUAAGAAUAACAGAUUUCCAAUAACCAACGGGUCUCUGUUUGCUGGUCUCUCAGCAGCAGCAUCAUCUACCUCAGGCGUUAUUAGACCCGUCAUGCCAAUGCCUUCAGUAGGGCAAACAGGACAUGGUUCCAAUAAUAAUGGUUGCUUUCAACAAUCUCUUAAUGGACAAAUAGCAAUUCAUAGGCAGGCUAGGAACGACUUUGACAGUAUUGGAGCCGUUUUCCAAGAAGAUGAGAGUGAAUAUGACAGAAAAUCUUACCACCACAGAUACUCUUCCGUAGCAUCUGUGACAACCGUUGCCAAUGAUGAUUUUGAAUUUCAUCAAAGUCGACCCGCAAAGUCCCAGCCCCUUCAGCAGAGGCCCUUGCCAAUUCCUAACAAGGAUUUCAAUCCGUCCACUUACGUCGUUCCCAAGUCACAAUCGGUCCCUCCUCCUCAUCCCGUACAGACGUUUAACAUGAAGAAGAUUUCGGACAAGGAGAAAAUAUUUAAACAAAACCAACAUAUUUAUGAAGAGUUUGAGAGCAGAAAAAAGCUGCCCAUUAUGAGAACACACCUCACGGGGGGAGGGCAACCUACCUCCUUGUCAAUGAAUGAUCUGGAUCUAAUUGAUGAUCGUGCAGACGUCCCCCUCACCAUCGUAACGGGCACAACGGAGCCUUUUGAGCACAAACAGCGAAUGUAUAGAAAGCGGACAAGAGUGCCUCCAAGUCCGCAUCAUCAUCAUCCCAGCGGAAGGUUCUUUAAUGAUCGCCGGGUCUGCCAAAAGCCAAUCAGUGACCAAUUCAGUGAUUCAUCUCAUCGGCGAGUAUUAUCAAUGGAAUGUCUUUCUCCUUCAAAUAAACAGACUGAACAUAGAAACUUUCUGGACAUUUCGUAUUUAGACACGGGAGAAAUAUUAGUAAGGAAAGCGGACAGUAGCAAAUGCAUUUUUGUAACAGAUUUUAUAUAAUUUUUGUCUUAUAUAUAAAUACACAUAGAUGUUACAAAUCACACUAUACCUAAAUAUAUUACAUUCGUAUUAAAAUAAAAGAAUACAUGUAUGUAGAAUAUUUACAAAAUCAAA